AGUGGUAGUCAAUGUCACCAACAUUUUAGUGUCGAUGAUAACUAAAGUAUAGUUGUUUGACGCAGUUAUCGACAUUGCUUACAAAACUAUUUUACUUCUUGACAUGGGAUGUUGCACGGUAAAGGUUGGAAUCCAUUUUAAAAUAAUUCUCAGGUCAUCCAAAGAAAGUGCUUAAUUAUCUUAUGUUAUAAGACGGUGUCAAAUGACCCAAAACUAAUAUUCAUCCAAAACUAUUUGUUAAUUUUAAUUUGUGUUCUAAUUUUAUGGAACGAUAUUUUCACCUCAAAUAAAAUAUUUAUAUUCAAAAUUUUAUCAUCACAUAUCUCAGUUAUCAUGAUGUUUUACGUAAUUUGAGAGUCCUUGUUUUUCAAUGUUCAAAAUUAUUCACCCCUUUCAAAGAUAUUCCACCAGUUUGAACAGGGACAUGUAUUUAUAAUUAUAAAUGAUAUCAGAGUAAGCCCUUACUUUUAAAACGGCAACAAGGUAAUUGUAUUUAUAAAUAACGGAAUAGAUACAUUAUUCAACUAACGUUAUAGGAUAGAGAUAUGGGACAUGAAAGUGGAGCCUGAAUUUAAAUCUUCCGUACGUCUUUCGUCUGUAUAAUUUUAGAGCCUGUUUUGAAUGGUCCACGGAUUAAAUUUACUUUGUAGCAGUUUGAGGACAAGCGUCACGGGUGUCACAAGUGUCAGAGAGAUUCGGUCCUUUGGUUUGUGUGACGUACUACACAGGAAGAUAAUACAUUUUCAAGAUGAACUGUAGCAUUGUCUUCUUUCUUGUUACAUUAAGUAAGUCUUGGCUGCUGUGCUUGUGGUUUAUUUUUCAAGGUUUCAUUCGGUACACAAUUAACUUAGUUUUACGUUUAAAUAUGCGCGUGUUCUGUAAAUAUUUGUCAACGGCGUCUUGUAAACAUAGAUUUGAAGAAUCAACCGAAUCGUGUUUUCAUAGUUAAUAUUCCCAAACUGUUGCUGGGAGACACAUUUGUAUUUUUCUGUCCCAAGCUUUUAAUUCUUCCUGUGGACAGACGGACCCAACCACACCGCCUGAGACAGCAGACUGCGGCGGAACACUGGAGCAAUGUCAAGAUGAUUAUGGGGCUAGUCCGCAAAAAAGGUGGGUUAUUAUCUGUGAUUAUCAUGCUCAUAUGAUAAGAAACAUAUGUUAUAUUAAACAAAUAUCAUUUUAAACAUUUUAUAUAAGUUAUUCGCCAGCAAAAGUCAAACACCAUCACCACCACGCAGGCUAUAUAUAGAUACGCCAGAGUGUGGUUAUAUAAUGAGUUCACUAGCGGGCAAAAUAUAAUUCCCGAUAACUAAGCUACAUGAUAUAUAUCUAUUUUUAAUAACGCAAUUGCGUUUGGUGCGUAAUAUUUUCUUUUCGGAAAUGAAAUCGUCUCAAUUUAAGUAUUGAGUAAAAAAAUAUUCGGUUUAAAAGUGGUUAGGGCAUGAGAGUAUUAAUAGAGUUCAUGGGCGUGGAAUAACAAGUGUGCAGCGACGUAUCAUGAAACAAAAAAAAGGGGGGGGAGGGGUGUAGCAAAAUUGGGAUUCUUCUUAAAGGUGCGUAACUUGAGUUCACGUUUUUGUCAAGUAACUUUAGUAGAUGGUGAGUUCACGCAUUGCUGUCGCCAAUGUCUGGCGGGUACAUCUAGUAGAUGGGGACUUCACCCAUUGCUGUCGCCAAUGUCUGGCGGGUACAUCUAGUAGAUGGGGAGUUCACGCAUUGCUGUCGCCAAUGUCUGGCGGGUACAUCUAGUAGAUGGGGAGUUCACGCAUUGCUGUCGCCAAUGUCUGGCGGGUACAUCUAGUAGAUGGGGAGUUCACGCAUUGCUGUCGCCAAUGUCUGGCGGGUACAUCUAGUAGAUGGGGAGUUCACGCAUUGCUGUCGCCAAUGUCUGGCGGGUACAUCUAGUAGAUGGGGAGUUCACGCAUUGCUGUCGCCAAUGUCUGGCGGGUACAUCUAGUAGAUGGGGAGUUCACGCAUUGCUGUCGCCAAUGUCUGGCGGGUACAUCUAGUAGAUGGGGAGUUCACGCAUUGCUGUCGCCAAUGUCUGGCGGGUACAUCUAGUAGAUGGGGAGUUCACGCAUUGCUGUCGCCAAUGUCUGGCGGGUACAUCUAGUAGAUGGGGAGUUAACGCAUUGCUGUCGCCAAUGUCAGGUGGGUACAUCUAGUAGAUGGGGAGUUCACGCAUUGCUGUCGCCAAUGUCUGGCGGGUACAUCUAGUAGAUGGGGAGUUAACGCAUUGCUGUCGCCAAUGUCUGGCGGGUACAUCUAGUAGAUGGGAAGUUAGAUUAUUGCUGUCGCCAAUGUCUGGCAGGUACAUCUAGUAGAUUAUAAUUCCCCAAAUUAAAAAAAAAAAGAACGUUUCUCCUACUUAAUGUUCCUAUGAGUUUUUCGUUUCUUUAUUUGGGCGAAAACUGAAUGACUCCUUGGACGAAAGAGUCAGGCGACGAAAAAAAUGGGUUUAGGUAGUGGAAGUCCAGGCACAAAUUGACUUUCAGAUGUGGAGCUGGCAUGUCAUUCGCUAUCUUUUCAUCAAUGUCUGGGGACAGGUUAGUGAGGGGGGAAAACACUGGUCCUGGGUUGGGGAGGUGAUCCCCUUGUGUGCCGAGGUCGGGGACACGCCCAUGCGAGACGAAAUAGCUACAAUGGGCGUCCCCCCACUCCAUCAUCGUAAUGGAAGUAGGGUACGUCUAGAAGUUAGGGGUGGUGGGUAGGUCUAGAAAGUAGGUAUGAUAAGUAGGUCUAGAAGGUAGGUAUAAUGAGUAUGUCGAGAAGGUAUUAUUGUUCUUCCGUCGAGGAUCGACGAGGACCAUCGAGUCGUCUGGUGACUGAUGACUUGCGCGGGUGUCUUUGUUUAAAGUGAAGAAGAGUUGCGUGGCGUCUACCUCACUCUCUCGUCCGAGCCCACCAUAUCCAGUGGCUAGACUCUACGUCAAGACGACCAGGGAUGGGUUCGGUUGCAGGAAUUGUCAUUGUUUGUGCCUUACGGGACUCCAACUCCGGGUUUGAAUUCAGAGUUUCCUUCUCUUAGAUGAGUUGCCGACUAAGGUUAACGAGUGUCAUCCACCCGGGGUGAUGUUUUUGCUUGACUGGCCUUUGGCUGGACUUGAACACCAGACCACCAACUUGAGGUUUGCUCAGUUUGACCAUUUGGCCACCCACCUGGGUGGCUGGGUCGAGAAGGUAGGUAUGGUGAGUAGGUCUAGUCUAGAAGUUUAAGUUUGGUAUGGUGGGUAGGUCUAGUCUAGAAGUUUGGUAUGGUGGGUAGGUCUAGAAGGAAAGUGUUGUGUGUAUGUCUAAUAGAUAGGUAUGUGGGGUAGGUCUAGAAGGUAGGUAUGGGGGAUAAGUCUAGAAGGUAGGUAUGGGGGUAAGUCUAAAAGGUAGGUAUGGUGAGUAGGUUUAGAAGGAAGGUGGUGUGUGUAUGUCUAGAAGAUAGUUAUGGUGGGUAGGUCUAGAAGGUAGGUAUGGUGGGUAGGCCUAGGAGGUAGGUAUGGUGCGUACGUCAAGAAUGUAGGUAUGGCGGGUAGAUCUUGAGGAUAGGUCCUGAGGGUGGGCUGGAGUGUAAGCUGGCGAUAGUUCUGGAGGGUUGGUCUGAUGAACAAAUGUAAGCAUUUUGGUGUCACAGGUAAUCUGCAAAAUUGGAAACACGUGUUCUUAUAAAAUUGAUCCAUAAUCACGAGAGUUGGAGAUAUGGUUUCGAAUUUAUAUACGAAAACCGCAGCUAUACGACUUGGGCUGCAACCUAUUUCUGGCGUAUGUAUACAAAUUGCAGUCAAAUUUGGAAAGAUCAAAUGCGAUGUCCGCAGAUAAUCUAGUGAUCUGCAGCUCUGCAAAAAGAUUCAGCAGCUACAGAGCCAGCGGAUAGAGGAAGUCGAAUGUGCUAAAAAAUUUAAAUGGUGCAUAUUGUGGAGAGGAUUAUGUUCUCAGUAUUUACAAAUUUGAGAAAGUCUUUAAAAGAGAAAUCUGUGGGAAGAAGCUCAAAUUGGACCAUGCAUCAACUUAUAUGGGCGUGAAAUUGCACCCAAAAUUCCAGCUACACCAUCAUAGUUGCAACCCCAGUGUCCCGCUACCCGCCGAAAUUGAGCCACAGUGGAAAGCGUAACGCUAUUUUCAAUCGUAAGAUCGGUGGGUAAGCCGGAAACUUUUAAAAGAUCCUCUUUUAUGGACGCAGUCCACGAACUUGAGAGAAAGCUCCAUUCACCCGAAAACGGAGAGAAGAUGCGGUUGAUCCCAAAUUGAUGACCAAAAGAACGUUUGAAACUCUUGAUGUGCGACUGACAUGGGUAAAUGCGGAGGUUACAACGUCGUUCUCUUGUUGCCCAAAUAGACGCCACUUUAAGGACGAUUGAUGCAUACAAGGAUAUCGUGGUCAAAGUCUUAAGCGACUCCACAGACACAGGCUUCACAGACACAGACUUCACAGACACAGACUUCACAGACACAGGCUUCACAGACACAGACUUCACAGACACAGGCUUAACAGACACAGACUUCACAGACACAGACUUCACAGACACAGGCUUCACAGAAACAGGCUUCACAGACACAAACUUCAGAGACACAGACUUCACACGAGCGAAAAUAAAGUUAGAUACGGUGCACUCAUUCUUUAACAGAAGGGGGUGUCUCUAACAGAGGAGAUUCUGAGAGUGACUGGGAAGUAUAACAUAGGCCCCGAUUCAGAAAUUGAAGCUAUACUUAUGGGCUAUUCUCAUGAGCUAUACUUAUGAGCUAUACUUAUGAACUAUAUUUAUGAGCAAAACUUACAAGCUAUACUUAUGUCACUUAAAAAAGUACUCCAGCGAUUAGCUAAAAGAGAACCAUUUUUGCCCAUCGAAGUGUUUAACGAUUGUCAGGUUGCUCUCGAAAUGUGAGUUGGUGCUCAAGGGACACGAAAAUGUUCAAUGCAACUCUACAUGUAGCAUGAGAAAUAAAGUCCUAUGAAGUAGUGUGGAACUGUACUGGUUCCGUGGAGACGCAAGAUUACCUCCAAAAUGAAAGAACCGACACGUUAGCUUGGCAACCAGCCACAACCAAACUGACCGAUGUGGUCAAACCAUGUUAAAAGUUAAUUUUCGGAAAAAAAUUAGGCUCGGUCAAGACUUAAAAGUUAACUUUCGGUUUUAUUUCGGUUUCAGCCGAAAGUGAUUGAGAAUUUCGGGAAGAAUGGUUUAAGAAUUGGGAAAACGGAGACACGGCUCGAAUGUUUUCCUUGAACAUGUCACCGCCUAAAUUAUGGGAUCAAUGGUGGUGAUUAAAGGGCGGUCACCAGAAUCUCAAUGGCAACAUGAGAACAGAACAUUUUCCAACUGGAAUCUAUUUAAAUAGUUUUAAAAACUCUUCGUGACCUGAGCUUCUGCCUUUGUAGGGAGGUGACAGAGAUAUUAUAGUGCUGGCCGACCGAGUGCCCAACACAGUCCACGUCAGAGGUCUAGGACAUGGGGACGCCCAGGAAAUUUGACAUGCCUGGAAAGUGCUAACCCGGGCCCUAAGGGAGCGUAAGCUUAGGCCCCCCCCCAAAAAAAAGAGCAGGAACACAUGUGUUACGCUAGUACUUCUCCCACCGCCCCCCCCCCCAGCCCAAACGCUGCAAACCAGGCACUGCCCGAUACGAAGUUAUCUACGUGAACAUGACUCACGUAGGGGUCCUAAGUGUCAACACCGUAAUCUUGCCGCUCUGGCAGUAGAACAUCGAAGUGUAGAGUGCCUCAAUGCCGAAGGAGGAUUUGACAUGUCCAGCCCGGAAACCUGUGAAAAUCGUUUAAGUUAUGGCAACGCCCAUGUGAUGUGCUUACCAAGGUUAUAGAAGUUUCAGUUUCACCUUAAAAGAGAAUUCAUGAUAUUUUGACAGUGCCAAUAUCCAUGUAUGAAAACAAUUUAUGUUUUAUUUGCAAUUGCACGAUAUAAGUUGUGUAUUUCGUAGACUAGUUUUUUUUUUUUUUUUUUUUUUUUUUUUUUUUUUUUUUUUUUUUUUUUUUUUUUUUUUUUUUUUUUUUUUUUUUUUUUUUUUUGUUUUAUUGACUACAGAAAAAUAAUAACUGCAAAUUUAUGAAACGGAAACAAGUCAUCAAAUGAGUGCAAUAAGCAGAGUCCCCAGUCACUGUAGAUUAUAAUAAUGGUAAUAAUCCACGGUUGCAGUGCCAGGCGUAUAAAUAUUUAGACUCUAUUUCAGAAAGGAUCUCUUGGCUCUACGCCAGUGUGUGACAGAUGCCCCUUGUGAUGACAGCGAAGACGACACGGCCGAGAAAGAAAGACUGCUGUUUGUUGUCAACUCAAAUCGUUUCCAUUGUACGUAAAAAAAGAUAUGGCGUAGGUAAACUUGUUUUGUGAUAGGUAAACUUGUUUUGUGAUAGGUAAACUUGUUUUGUGAUAGGUAAACUUGUUUUGUGAUAGGUAAACUUGUUUUGUGAUAGGUUAACUUGUUUUAUGAUAGGUUAACUUGUUUUGUGAUAGGUUAACUUGUUUUGUGAUAGGUUAACUUGUUUUGUGAUAGGUUAACUUGUUUUGUGAUAGGUUAACUUGUUUUGUGAUAGGUUAACUUGUUUUGUGAUAGGUUAACUUGUUUUGUGAUAGGUUAACUUGUUUUAAGAUAGGUUAACAAGCGGAUGUAUUAAUGAUCGCAUUAAUCAAGUGCCCUCCUUCCGCAAUGUUUCGUUAAAUCUAUUGCUACUAUCUGAGGGCUCGUUCUCAAACAAUUUCUGCUCAACAGCUCAAAUGUUUAAUAUAUCAGGAUUUCCCUUGGUUGUUUCCCCACUUUAAGAAAGUGUCAGUCUGAUGUCUCCAACAACGAACCAGUUGUCUGUUUAGAUAAAUAUUUUAAUUUAAAUACAUGUAUACAGGGUCUGGCCGGGGAAAAGUGGCACCCGUGGCGAAGCCAUCCUUGAAUAUACAUAACAAAUUUUCGUCAGGGCCGCCGCAAUAACAAGACGAUUUGGCGCCCUCAGUCUUUGUGAAAUACACGGGGUGUUACCUAAUAUACUUUGAAUAUCCUAUCUUAAAACGACUUUUCAAGUCCUUGAUGUUGUUACUAUGGGCAUAUGCAGUCUGCGCCCCUCCCAUUUCCCCAAGGCCCCUUGUGUGCACCCUUCACCCCUGCUUCUUACCCGAGGCCCCUUGUGUGCAUUUGACCUACGCUCACAUUUAGUAAAUUCGUGCAAUGUCCAAUGGACAGUUUCUGCCACAAGCUACAUCACAAACUUAUAAAAGUCUUUGUAGCAACUACAACACAAACUUAGAAAAGUCUCUAGUAACUACAUCACAAACUUAGAAAAGUCUCUAGUAACUACAUCACAAACUUAGAAAAGUCUCUGGUAACUACAUCACAAACUUAGAAAAGUCUCUGGUAACUACAUCACAAACUUAGAAAAGUCUCUAGUAACUACAUCACAAACUUAGAAAAGUCUCUAGUAACUACAUCACAAACUUAGAAAAGUCUCUAGUAACUACAUCACAAACUUAGAAAAGUCUCUAGUAACUACAUCACAAACUUAGAAAAGUCUCUAGUAACUACAUCACAAACUUAGAAAAGUCUCUAGUAACUACAUCACAAACUUAGAAAAGUCUCUAGUAACUACAUCACAAACUUAGAAAAGUCUCUGUAGCAACUGCAUCACAAAAAUAAGAAGUCUUUGAAGCAACUGCACCACAAACAUAAAAAAGUGUUUGUAGCAGCUGCACCAAAAAUAUACAAUUUUUGUAGCAACUGCGCAACAAAUUUUAAUAUAAAGUAUAUGUAGUAACUGCACCACAAACAUACAAAAGCUUGUAUGACAACUAGACUGCAAGCAGAAAUAAGAAUGUAUAGCAACAGAUUAAAAGUGUAACGAUAAAGGCACAUUUGGAAAUCGGCGUAUCCUAACUUGGAACACAUCCAGUGUUAAUUUGUACACUCACGGUGUCCACCCACAUAAAUCCAACACUGAAAACAUGUAGAGUCAAGAUGACUAUCCUAAUAAAUCCAACACUGUGUGGAUGAGCUUCAGUAUUUGAUUUCAUCACUAAUACGUCAUUGCAUUCUGGUCUUAGUAUCAUGAUUUGUUGGACAAUACAUUCUGGUCUUAGUAUCAUAAUUUGUUGAACAAUACAUUAUGGUCUUAGUAUCAUGAUUUGUUGAACAAUACAUUCUGGUCUUAGUAUCAUGAUUUGUUGAACAAUACAUUCUGGUCUUAGGAUCGUGAUUUGUUGAACAAUACAUUCUGGUCUUAGUAUCUUGAUUUGUUGAACAAUACAUUCUGGUCUUAGUAUCAUGAUUUGUUGAACAAUACAUUCUGGUCUUAGUAUCAUGAUUUGUUGAACAAUACAUUCUGGUCUUAGGAUCGUGAUUUGUUGAACAAUACAUUCUGGUCUUAGUAUCUUGAUUUGUUGAACAAUACAUUCUGGUCUUAGUAUCAUGAUUUGUUGAACAAUACAUUCUGGUCUUAGUAUCAUGAUUUGUUGAACAAUACAUUCUGGUCUUAGUAUCGUGAUUUGUUGAGCAAUACAUUCUGGUCUUAGUAUCUUGAUUUGUUGAACAAUACAUUCUGGUCUUAGUAUCAUGAUUUGUUGAACAAUACAUUCUGGUCUUAGUAUCAUGAUUUGUUGAACAAUACAUUCUGGUCUUAGUAUCAUGAUUUGUUGAACAAUACAUUAUGGUCUUAGGAUCAUGAUUUGUUGAGCAAUACAUUCUGGUCUUAGUAUCGUGAUUUGUUGAGCAAUACAUUCUGGUCUUAGUAUCAUGAUUUGUUGAACAAUACAUUCUGGUCUUAGUAUCAUGAUUUGUUGAACAAUACAUUAUGGUCUUAGGAUCAUGAUUUGUUGAACAAUACAUUCUGGUCUUAGUAUCGUGAUUUGUUGAACAAUACAUUCUGGUCUUAGUAUCCUAAUUUGUUGAACAAUACAUUCUGGUCUUAGUAUCGUGAUUUGUUGAACAAUAAAUUCUGGUCUUAGUAUCAUGAUUUGUUGAACAAUACAUUCUGGUCUUAGUAUCAUGAUUUGUUGAACAAUACAUUCUGGUCUUAGUAUCAUGAUUUGUUGAGCAAUACUUUCUGGUCUUAGUAACGUGAUUUGUUGAACUAUGCAUUCUGGUGUUGAAUUUGUAGAUUUGUUGAAUAGAAAUGUCACAGCUGUUUUGCUUUAUACAUGUUUUGCCUGCUUGAUAGUGGCCCACGACAUCUAAGAUGAUAAGAAAAUACUGUCUCUGACUAUAAGGAGAUAAUUAGAUUAUGUUUCUAACUAUUAUCUGAAUAUUCAUUACCCAUUUAUGGGUCACAGUUUAAUUUGUACUUCUUACAUAAAGUCGAUGAAACAAUUUUUACAUAUUUUUUUUUUACUCUUGUCUUUCAGGGAUACCAGCAGACGACCCAGGUGAAUCAAAAGCCGCUCAGACACUGUGCACCUCAACCCUUCCAAUUGUCAUUGCCCUUUUAACGAUGUUCAAAGUAACGUUUACAUAGUGCACAAUGUUGAAAUCAAAAAAAUUAUCCGAGAGGUGUCUCCGAAUUUAGAAGUUGUGGGACUAUCAUUUUAAUUCAGUCCCAAGCUGUUGGUAAUACGAAAACCUUGCAGUUUGUUAGGUGUCAGGUGAUUAUGUCAAGUAAGAAUGCACGCUUUAACGGAAGCAUUGGGUUGUUAAGAUCAAGAAUGCGAGGGUUCUCAAACUUAACUAAAAUUCGACUCAGUAGGGGAGUUUAUAAGGAUGUUAAAUUAUUUAAUGACAUUUCAUAUUAAACAAAGUGUCUUCGUAAGAUGUCUUAGACAUCUUACUGUUGUCUCUCCAGAAAAUUUUCAACAAAUGUGAAUGCGUUGUGGAAUUCAUUGUGAUGUUUCCCAUUUCAACUCUAAUCUUGAUGUACAGCUGGUUAUUCUUGCCAUGAAAAAAUGUUGUCUUUUUUCAAAUAUUUUUUUUAUUCAUUGAAUUUAGGAACAUUUUAUUUAAAAUUAACUUUAACAAUGCUUUUAAAUCUUCGAAUAACAUAAGUUGUCCAAAUGUUUUUAUGUAUUUCUUGGA